ACUUGUUUGAACCUGUCCGGUUGGACAGGGUUGCAAAGCGCUUGCGGGCUGCCACAGAUCUACACAACAUCCAGUUUGCAUGUUUAGCUAGAGUAGCAGGAGUCCUCAUAUGCAUGUGUACCAUCCACAGUCCACAUUCCUUUAAACCGAGACAGCCGGAGGGGCGUGCACGUUCAGAGUCGGUCUUUUCACACCAGCAGGGACACUGUUCACCCACCGACAGAGAUUCAUCAUGGGCUCUGCACUGAAUUGCACACCCUUUAUGUUGGGUUUUAUUUAUUUUUCAUUACUGUUUGCUUGUGCGUUUUGCGAUGCUGAUGCAGAAGAAGAUGAGCACGCCAAGCACACGUACACGGUGGAAAUGUUCAACGAGGCGGUCCCCACUGCACCCCACUUUGUCAUGUUUUACGCCCCAUGGUGCGGCCAUUGCCAGAGGCUACAGCCGGUAUGGAAUGAGCUGGCUGACAAAUACAACAGCAUGGACAACCCCCCGGCGUAUGUAGUUAAAGUAGACUGCGUCCCGGACACAAGGUUCUGCUCCAAUGACCACGGGGUUAGGGGCUACCCCACGAUAAAGUUGUAUAGGCCAGAUCAGGAGGCAAUUAAGUACCAGGGGCCCAGAGAUCUACAGUCUCUGGAGACCUGGAUGCUGAAGACACUCCAGGAGGAGCCUUCGGAACCAGAGAGUGAACAGGAGCCUCCUAAAGCCCCAGAGCCCAAACAGGGCAUGUAUGAGCUCACUGCUCUCAACUUUAAGGACCACAUAGCCAAAGGCGCCCAUUUUGUUAAGUUCUUUGCCCCGUGGUGCGGCCACUGCAAAGCCAUGGCCCCGACCUGGGAGCAGCUGGCCACCACAUUUGAGCACUCUGAUGACGUCAAGAUAGGAAAGGUGGACUGUACACAGCACUACGAGGUGUGCUCUGAGAACGGUGUACGGGGAUACCCCACACUGUUGUUCUUCUACAACGGACAGAAGACAGAACAGUACAAAGGAAAACGAGACCUGGACUCUUUCAAAGACUUUGUGGACAACCAGCUAAAGGCAGUCGUCGGUCAGGAGCAAGAACAGGAACCACAUGAGGAACAAAAGGGAACUGAGAUCCCUGCUGCUGAGCCAGCCGAAGAGGAAGUAAAGUCCAGCGUGUUGACCCUGACAGAGGACAACUUUGACGAGACCGUGGCCAAGGGCCUCACCUUCAUCAAAUUCUACGCUCCAUGGUGUGGCCACUGCAAGAACCUCGCUCCAACAUGGGAGGAUCUUUCCAAGAAGGAGUUUUCUGGCCUCACUGACGUCAAGAUAGCCAAAGUGGACUGCACUAUUGAACGCACACUCUGCAACAAGUACUCUGUUCGAGGUUACCCCACUUUGAUCAUGUUCAGGGCGGGGGAGCAGGGUGACGAGCAUCAUGGCGGGCGGGACCUGGACAGCUUGCACAGCUUCGUGAUGAGGCAGGCGAGGGACGAGCUGUAGAAACAGUCACGUCAGUGCUCAGUUUUCCACCACUCUGCUCGCCCACACUGCAUAACUGGCCAGUAGGACACCGCUCUCUCUCUCUCUCUCUCUCUCUCCUACAGUAGCCAAACCUCUCUCUAUCUCUUAUCUCUCUCCACUCGGGUUCUCUUCAGAAAGGAGUCAGCCAACGACAGACUGAUGCAGUCUGUUCUUUCUCCGGUGUUCACGGACACAAUGUUUCAGUAGAGUGUUUGGGAUGUGAAUGUAUUUCUCAUUGCUGUUGCCCAACCUUCACUCUCCUAAUAUGGAGACUACUAUCGUAUUGGUUGGAUCUACAAAUGAAAUGAUGUCUGACAACUUCUUUGCAAGCACUGCUCAAUCAAUCAAAACCAGGAUUCCUGGCACAAUUUAAAAACGGUUGUUUAUUAAAAGGGUCGCACUAAAGGACAGAUGUUUCUGUUUUUGUUUCUGAAAAACUUCUGUAGCCAUUUGACUUUCUUUUUUUAAAAGCAAAAUUUUAUACAUGGGAUCUGUUGUGAAAUUAUAGCCAUUAAUGUUACCGUACUGUCAUUCAGAGGUUUGUGAAGGUUGUUGUCACCCAAAUGUGAAGUUGAGUGUUAAGCUGAGGGUACUUCCUAUCCAUGCCGGUGAUGGCCUAUCUGACUUAACUCUCAGGGAAACGCCCACGCAGACUAGAAGAAGUUGUGACGGAGGCGUCGUCGUUAUCACAGGAGUCUUAUAAAGGCACGUGGAUAGCCCCCAUUUUGUGACUCCUGUGAUCUCAAUCAACCAUCCCUCUCCACUCCUGCUAGCAUUCAGAGCCUGAGGCCUAGACCAUGUUGCCCCAUAUCUCCAUUACUGAAUAUCUUUAGAGUUACUACUGCUUCAGUUUAUUCUGAAACACUUGGGUGGGAAAUCUCUUCUCCAUUUUAUCCUCAGCUAUAGUAAAAAAUAAAGUGAAUGUAAAGCGUUUGUGCUACAAGUCUCAGGCCAGGCCCACGUUCAAAGGAUUUAGGAACCGGUACGUGGAGCUGGAGCUGUCACUUGGAGCCGGCAUUGAGGGUAAAAGAGAAUCUUUUUAGGAUCUUUUGAAGUUGAUCUCUACUUUGGUUGUGGCACUGAACGGUCAUUCACAGCUCUCUUUUCAUCAGAGCUUUUACGAGCUUUACCUCUGUGGUUGGGACCUCUUUGAAAUAAAACUUGGUUGGAACUGAAACAAACAUUCACCGCAUCACCUUUCUGACAAUGAUUGUGAUCUUACCUUUUUAGUGAGAAGCAGCUGCAUCUUGGCUCUAUAUAAUUAGCUUUUCCUGGUUUCAAGUAAUAUUUCUAGAUGUAAUUUUCUGACAGUGGAAAUCCGUGCUGCGAAGCCUACAUCUUUAGGCUAAAGUCGAAGGGGAUAGUCUGAGCUACUUCGAGAGUGGGGUGAUCUGGUUGUGACGUACAGCUACACCAGCCAGUAAAAUGCAGAAUGGUUUUAAUUUCUCACUCUGACCAUAACCACUAAUGAGAGGAAUUAUUCAAACUGAAAACUUCUUUAGUCACUGUAUACCCCACACAUCCAACAGUCAGAGGCCAAGAAAAUACAGAACAGACCCGGUUUUAAUAGCAUUUGCAGUUUUGCCAAUACAAGUUGGUCUUUUCAGCGCAUUUUCCUGUAACUGACUGACUUCAUCCACCUGUUGGGCCAUGCCCAUUACACUGCAAAUGCUCUUUGACCCAGGUUAUGUGAAAGGUAUGUGCUGCAUGAUGCAGGGCACCAUGCAUAGUCUAACCCAGGUACACAAACAGUCAGACAGCAGUUUUUAUGUCAGUAAAAGUUUUUAUGGAUAGCACAUGGUCUAAGGAACUCCAGUGACAGAAGUAUUUUUUUCCUUGUGAGUCAUGGGUUGUGCACUACCCAUGGAUUUUUGUACAAAAAGAGUGAAUAAUGGCAAGUUAUUGUAACAUGAGGUUUCAUAAUAAAAAAAUUUCAAAAAUAA